GAGCACAAAGGAAGUUGUCAGCAGCAUCGUGCUCUGGCCAAUGGAAGGAAAGCUCCAUCUUAGCUGUGCCAUAGGCUGCACUAAAAAAAGGGACCAGAACGGCGCUCUCUCAGCAUCCUUUCACACAAGAGCUCCCAAAUCUGUGCCAGUGAGCAUACUCAGACAGCUCUUCAAGAAUGGCAACCCUCAACAGCACCCACUGGAAUGAGACUACUACAUCCAUUUCCCAGUAUCUGGGCUUCCAAGUGCAAAAAAUUUACCCUUUCCAUGACAACUGGAACACUGCCUGCUUUGUCAUCCUGAUCAUAUUCAUCUUCACUGUAGUUUCCCUGGUAGUGCUGGCUUUCCUGUAUGAACUGCUGGACUGCUGCUGCUGUGUGAAAAACAAAACUGUGAAAGACUUGGAGAACGAGCCCAAUCCCGUCAGAGCAAUGCUGAACAGCUUCAGGAAGCGCGACACAGAGGUGGUGUAGGAAGCACCCAGCACCUGCACCUGGAGAACUUGGUUUGACACCUGGAAUGAAGCCUCCUGUACCUUACAAAUGAGCGAGUCACGUGCUUUUUUUCUUUUGGACUUAAAUAUCCACGGCGGCAAUUUUAUCUCUGGAUGCGAGCUGGAAUAAUUGGCAAAGGCUUUCCAAGUGCUUAGCAGAAAGCAGUGUUAUGGGAGGGAAGACAAUUGUUUCUAGAUGAACUUUUGCUGUUUAUAUUGAGUGACUAGCAUAGAAUUUUGUCUACCUGACCCAACAAAUGCUGCCUAACGUUCAUAAAACUGUGUUGCUUAACUGAAGAAAACAUUUAUAAAAUGCCCAACAGUCUGAUCAUAUUCAGCAGUGUUGUCCCACCGAGUCAACCACACAGGGACAGGACAGACAGACAAGGGGCAAGAAAAAAGUUGGGGCAGGAGGGUUGAGUGGCAAGAGACCCUUCAGGCAGGAGAGGAUUGGGUGCGUUCCAGCCUUUGGCAGCACUUUUUAUUAUGGGUUUCUUGCUUUUAGAAGAGAGGGUGGUGGGAGGAAGACUAAGCCAACAAGAAAUGUAUUCCUAAAAUGGUUUUUUCUAGUCCCCCCUAAAAGGCUAGUUUGCCCCUUCCUUCCCCCACUUCUCCAGUUUCAGGGAACUCUUCUCCCCUCAGUUCAUAUGCAGUCUGGCCAACAGUUUCUUUGUGUUGACACCUGCAUAACCCACUACCUUCAGAAUAUGAGACCCUUUCAAAAAAUCCUGCUGGAAAUGAACAGGGACAAUUCUCUGCCCCAAGGCUGCUGCUUCUGUGGCAACCACAACACUACAUCUAUCACCCCUACCCCAACUUUCAAAGGCAGACUGGAACUGGUGGAGUUCUUGCCAAGAACAGAGGGAGAGGGGCCACAGACCUCCCACACUGAAGAGGGGGAUGGCACCCAGCCAAGGUGCAGCUUUCAGCACUUUGCACAAGAGAAUCUCACUUGACUUCAUCUGCCUGCUGACACAUCCCAGAGUUCACACUCACCCCUCCCUCAUGUCCUGGCCACAGAACUCUCACACCUCUGGCUCACCAGCCCUCUGUAGCUGUGUCGUGUCCGUGAUUUUUAAAACCAUUCAAGUUUUGCAGUUAUAAAUGACAACUGUAAUAACAGUGUCCAACAGUGUAGCCAUCAGUAACUCCUGGCAAGUCCUUCACCCUCCUGAACCCCCACAGAAAUGUCCCAGAGCAAAGCUACAUGUGGGACAAGUUAUUUAACUGCAUUAACCCCAGAUAACAUUCCUGUCAUGAAGGAAACAAAGCCCACCUCACAGUCCAUCCCUGUCCAAAAAACCUUGGUGCUAUGGCCAGUACCUGUAAUGAUCUCUUUUUUCACAUGUGUCAAAUCCCCCAUCUCAGGCUGAGCAUGACUAAGCUCCAGAAGAUCUGGACACAGUGGAAGACUUGCUAAUUGACACGUGCUGCUCCUGGUUGGCGAGAUGGAGUCACAAGGAGGAGACACCCAGGGCAGGAUGAACUAGCAGAGCUAGUCCAGAGAUUCACCUGGAGAAGCAAACUCCCUCCUGCAGUCACAAAUCCCCACAGGCACACUUUUUACAGCCAAGUUUGGCCAGGACCAGUCCCUCAUGCAGAGAAUACUUCAAGCUCAAAAUCAAAAGCACAAGUGAUGGAAGCCAAUGCCCUGAGCAUGAGAUCAUUUAGGACUGAGAUGUAUGAUGAAGAUAACGCCAGUGGUGAUAAGGAUGGCAUGUCACCUCCUGCUGCGUGGCAGCAUCAGACUGGGAAGUCCUGCUCCAGAGGCCAGAGUAGCCACCAGGAUGCAUGGAAUUAAAUCCCGUCUCUCUCCUGAAAGGAAAUGCUCUGGGCACUUGCAGCAUUCCCACAAAAUGCCCAUCAUGGCUGCACACAAGAGGGCAGUGUGUGCAGCGUGCCAUCCUCCGCUGCUCUGGCAAUGCCUUCCCGAGAAGCACAUGGAAUGACAUAUGUUGGGACUCAUCCCAGCUUUUUAUUUCACAGGUCUGCAAAGGGGAAUGGGUGUGGGCACAAGGAACAGAAGGAACAGAAGGCAAAGGUGUCCCCCUGCACAGUACCAGAGAAGACUCAGGAUGAUUCUUUCCCCUGAAAGAGCCCCUGAAGAUUCUGGCUCCUGACAACUGUUGGCAGAGACCACUGAGAUAAAGGUCUCAAGACAGAGACCACAGCC